CAUCUUAUUUCGUGUCCAUUGAUGCAGAGGAUUGCCAUGGAUCUUGAAUCGAUGAAACCAGUUUCUGGCUUUCAGCAAUCUGAAGAGGCGAAUGAAUCAUAGAGAAGCACAACUUUUUAUGAGUCCUCAUUAAAUAAUUGAAGAACAAAAAAAAACCUGUCGUAAAAUCUCUUCUUGCUCUCUUCAAUUGUGGCCUGCAAAUUACAUCCCGGCUAAGAAGAUCCACCACCGAUUGCUCGAAAUCCCAGAUAGAUUACAAUACGAAAUUCCCCCAACUUUUUUAGGCUAGUAAUGAAAUCAAUUUAUAAAAAUGAGGAAACAUCACUGCAUAAAAAUGGGGAAUUUAUAAACUUGCGUGGGCUAGCGAUGAACAAAACGCCAAGAUGAAUUAGAUCGAUUGGCGAUCCGUUCCAAUUGCUAGUUGGAAUAACGACGGAACAUAUGUUAGAAAUUGGAAUAGCAAGCAGAUUUAAAGCGAUGGAGCAAAUAACAUAAAUAUAUUUGAACUCAAUCCUGUAAGUCAUUCAAAAUAUACUACUGUUGAAGUUUUUGUUGAAUCAUCACAAAUAAUCUACAACGAAAAGCUCACAUUUUUUAGCUAUGUCUUCAACUAAUGCAAAUUAAAUUGUGAAUAUUUAAGUCUAGUGUAGUCAAGGAUGAAUAGAAGGAAGAUUUGGCUUAGCUUAUAAUUCACUCAGAAGAAAUAUUUUCAUGAUUUGUAAAUAAUCUUAGCUAAACGUCAGUUCCAUAUAAAAACUUAAACCUCGGAAAUGGUAUGGUCCGAUUUUCGGCUUCAACGAUCUAUGAAAGUCAGCUGCGUAAUUCAAAUUUUACGCUGCUGGAGCGAUGUUUCUCUCUCUUAGACUCUUCUUCUUCGCUCAAACAACUGCUGCAGAUUCAUGACCAGUUAAUAAUAUCUGGCCUCCAUCGCAACUCCUGCUUCGCUGAGGAGAUCAUCCAGUUGUGCACUUCCGGUUCACUUAGGGCGAAACAUCAAAUUGAUUGCAUAAAUCAUGCUCACCGUGUUGCUAAUUGCUAUCAAAACUUGGAUUCUUCGUCAUGGAACAGUGUGAUAAGGGCCUACGCCACCUCCAAUUCGGGCUCGCAGCGAGAGGCCAUGAGGGCAUUUCUCGAUAUGCGGUGGUUGGGAGUCGGACCCGACGACCAUACUUUCCCUUAUGUGUUUAAGUCGUGCGCUUCAUUUUUCGGCUUCAGUGAGGGGCGGCAGGUUCAUGGGGAUGCGUUGAAGCAUGGUUUGCAUCUAAAUGUGUAUGUGCAGAACACCAUGAUUCAUUGCUAUGGGUCUUGUAAGAUGUUGACGGAUGCGUACAGGGUGUUCGAUGAAAUGUCUCACAGAACUCUUGUUUCCUGGAACUCGAUGAUGAAUGUUAAUGUGGAGUGUGGUUGGUUUUAUGAAUCAGUGGAGCUUUUUCUUAAGAUGAGACGCAGUGGAUUUGUGGCGGACGAGACGACCAUGGUGAUUGCGCUUUCUGCUUGUGCGGAGCUUGGGAAUUUGAGCUUGGGAAAGUGGUUGCAUUCUCAGGUGAUUGAGAAUGGUAUGGUUGUGAAUUGUCAGCUGGGAACAGCUCUCGUUGACAUGUAUGGGAAAUGUGGGAAUGUUGGUUAUGCUAGUUUAGUUUUUGAUAGGAUAGUUCAUCGAAAUGUCUGGACAUGGAGCUCUAUGAUCACUGGGUUUGCGCAGCACGGGUUUGCUAGACAGGCCCUCGAGAUAUUUCAAGAGAUGAGGAAUCAAUCUACCAAGCCUAAUCACGUGACUUUUCUUGGAGUUCUUAGUGCGUGUAGCCACGGUGGAUUGACAGAGAACGGGCAGCGUUAUUUCAAAGAGAUGGAACAAGUGCAUGGGAUCAAGCCCAUGAUGGUACACUAUUGCGCCAUGGUAGACAUGUUGGGCCGUGCUGGCCGUCUUAAAGAGGCUUACGAGUUUGUGAUGAGCAUGCCUAUUGAGGCUGAUGGUGUUGUGUGGAGGGCGUUGCUCAGCUCUUGUCACAUUCAUGACAUUAAUGACUACGGUGUGAGUGAGAAGGCGAGGGAGAAGCUGAUGGAGCUAGAACCGAAGAGGAGCGGCAACCUUGUGAUGAUUGCAAACAACUAUGCUGAAGUUGGAUUGUGGGAGAAAGCAGGUGAUCUCAGGAGCAAAAUGAGAGUCAAAGGGUUGAAGAAGAUAGCUGGAGAGAGCUGCAUAGAGAUAGCAGUAUAAUUAUUAAAUUUUCAUCCCUUGCUGUUCGGUAGCUGUUUCUCAUGGAAGUGUAGAGAGUGGGGAAGAUUGGGUGACUACAGUAACAGAGUGUGUAUAAACUCAUACUAGUAGGUAGCCCUCUCCAGUUGAAGAACACUCCUUUCUGAUUAAAUCCAACUCCAUCAGACUCCCCCGACCAGACAACUGAACCUGCUAUGACCACGGUAACCACGAUCCCAGUAGCAGAUACAUAUGAUAGAGUGGUAAGAUUAUCUAUCCAAACAGUGGGCAUGAUUAUAAGUGCAGCUAACAGAAUACAUGUUUGACGCCCAUUGAUCACGGACCUCCCUUGCACGUUGACUAGGAGAUCAGGUAACAGACUGUGCAAGUUAUCUGCAACUAGUAUGAGGAAACCUAUGGCUAGCAAGUAAAGUUCAAGAUUCAUGAAAAUGGAGACGACGAGUCUCCCUCUGGCACCAAACGCCUUUUCACCUAUGCCCGGAUAGGUUCUUAUGUUGGGAUCGGCUUCCAUACAUUUCUUGAUCAGUAGCCCUGUGUAGCACGUUGCACUUGAAAUGACCAGCAGGAGGAUCAAGCUCGCCCAGUCUCCACACGACAGCGCGUAUGGAACUGAUAGAACAGCGAUCCCUGGUGAUAAUAGUAACAUCAUUGUAGUUGUUACAGAAGAAAAGAGAAUAUUAGUAUAUGAAGAUAAGGAGAAAGAACAUACCUAGAAGAGAAUUUAGGCCAUUGAAAGUUGUCUUCAAAAAUGAUGCAGUUCCAUUAUUACUAUCAACCAAUAUUGGCACAGUUACAGAAU